GGUGUUGAAAGAAAGAUGCCGUGUAUGGAUAACCGGAUUAUAGAGUUGAACCAUAUGGCCGAUGGUGGUUCAUCCAGGGUUCUGAAAAAAAUGCUGGUCAUUAAUGGUAACGAAAUAGCUGUUGCCAUGAAGAUUGUGAAUAAAAAAUCGAAUGAAGCUGACAGAGAGCUUAAAACUUAUUCCGAGAUAAAAUCCCACGAAAACAUUAUCAAGUUUUAUGA